CGGCCAUUUUUGAGGCGGGCAUCCGACCUCAUGUCCAGUAAAUAGUGAGUGGGGGGAACACUGUUAGUAGGACUCAAGAUGGCCACCGCGCCCGCUAGCCAGCCCGCUAGCCCGCGCGCCAGCGAGCGGGCACAAGACGCGCGGGCGGCUCUCCUUGGCCGGCGGUGCCUGGGGCUCAUCUCCGGCCGCGGGUCCGGGGCGGAGCACCCGCCCCCUGCGGGAGCGGCCAAUAAGCGCGUGGGGCCGGCAAGGGCGGGGGCCGCCCGCACUCGGGGUGUAUGAGGACGCGUUCCCAGUGGCUGAGUCCCUGAGCAAAGGAGCAGUUGCUGUGGUACCUGCUGCUGCUUCUGUUGCCGGUGCGGACGCAGAGCAUCGGACGCGAGCGCUGUUGGCGUGGGGCAGGAAGGUGAAGCCAUGACGUCCGUCAGAGAAAACAUUCUCUUUGGAAUGGGAAAUCCUCUUCUUGACAUCACUGCUGUAGUGGAUAAAGAGUUCCUUGAUAAGUAUUCUCUUAAAGCAAAUGACCAAAUCUUGGCUGAAGGCAAACACAAGGAACUGUUUGAUGAACUUGUAAAAAAAUUCAAAGUCGAAUAUUAUGCUGGUGGUUCUACCCAGAAUUCAAUUAAAGUGGCCCAGUGGAUGAUUCAGCAGCCACACAAAGCAGCAACAUUUUUUGGAUGCAUCGGGACAGAUAAAUUUGGAGAGAUCCUGAAGAAAAAGGCUGCGGAAGCCCAUGUGGAUGCUCAUUACUACGAGCAGAAUGAGCAGCCAACAGGAACUUGUGCUGCGUGCAUCACCGGUGGCAACAGGUCCCUUGUAGCUAAUCUUGCUGCUGCUAACUGUUAUAAAAAAGAAAAACAUCUUGAUAUGGAGAAAAACUGGAUGUUGGUGGAAAAAGCAAGAGUUUAUUAUAUAGCAGGCUUUUUUCUUACAGUUUCACCAGAGUCAGUGUUAAAAGUGGCUCACCAUGCUUCUGAGAAGAACAGAAUUUUCACUUUAAAUCUGUCUGCACCAUUUAUUAGUCAGUUCUACAAGGAACCAUUGAUGAAAGUUAUGCCUUAUGUUGACAUACUUUUUGGAAAUGAGACGGAAGCUGCCACUUUUGCUAGAGAGCAAGGCUUUGAGACUGAUGACAUUAAAGAGAUAGCCAAAAGGACACAAGCUCUGCCAAAGGUGAACUCAAAGAGGCAGCGAGUCGUGAUUUUCACCCAAGGGAGUGAAGACACUAUAAUGGCUACAGAGAGUGAAGUCACCGCUUUUGCUGUCUUGGAUCAGGACCAGAAGGAAAUUGUUGAUACCAACGGAGCUGGAGAUGCAUUUGUUGGAGGUUUUCUGUCUCAGCUGGUUUCUGACAAGCCCCUGACUGAAUGCAUUCGUGCUGGCCACUAUGCAGCAAGCGUCAUAAUUAAGCGGACCGGCUGUACCUUUCCUGAGAAGCCAGACUUCCACUGAUGGAAAAACCAGGAAAUCCAAGGCCAGGAGUUCAGACACUGCCCUGAUUGCUUCCUGAGAAUUCCCAUAUUAAUAAAGGAGAAAAUUAUCUGCCAUCUUUUCCUACUAUAAUAAUGUGCAUUCUUAAUUUAGAGGGUAUACUAAUGCUCAGUAGAAUCUUUAUUCUCUCAACAAACUAAAAAAUGAUUUCCAUAAUUCCAUAGAUAGUGCCACUUAAAUGUCAAUUAAGCAGGAAUAUAACAUUUCAAUAGAAACGUUUAUUUCAUUUUCAAUUACUUUGUAAAUUCAUGUGUAAUUAGCAAAUUGAUCGGGUUUUUUUUUUUUUACAUUUCUGCUUUUAAUGCAGGUGCAAUUUAAUAUAAUGGUUUUUUUAAAGGAAUUAAUCCUAGUACAUCAAUCUUUAGCUUUUUAUACAAGUAUAUUUAAAUUUAGAAAUGUGUGUAUGUAUGUAUAUAUAUGUGUAUUUACCUAUACACAUUCAUACAUAUAUGUACGAAUAUAUACAUGAUAAACAAGGUACAGAAAUAUUUAUCUUGCCAAGUUAUGCCAAAUAAUCUCUUCAGUGCAUACUCAAGUAUACAAUGAACUUUGGAUAAUUAAAUAAUUUGCCAAGUUAUGUUAUAUUACAAUGUUCAAAUCAUAAUCUUAUAUUUACUUAUGGUACUCUGUAAUUUGAUACAAAUAAAAACUGGUCAUGUGGGAA